UUCCGUUAUUUCCCUUACUUCCUGUCUCUGUCACUAUUGUAUGAACACGCUGAAGAGUUGAAGUUAUAAGUAAAUUUUUUGCGUAAGGACAGGAGACUGACUGAAUAAAAUAAAAACAUAAAUCUGGAUUCCAUAAACAGAAGGUCAGGAGAACUGCUAGAAAUUCAGCGAUUUAAAGAACGGAUACUUAACACAGGAACUGGAAGAAACAUCAUCAGUGUCAGGAACAUCAUUCCAUAAUGGCAGAAAUAUCUUCUGAUGGUUUGCAGAUGAAAAAUACCUCAUGUCCAAAAAGAAAGCAAAGAACAGAAGACAGCAAAUCUUUUACUUGCCCUCACUGUGAAAAGGGAUUUAAAAGAAAAGGAUACCUUGUGGAGCACAUGAGAUUUCACACUGGAGAACGCUCAUAUGCAUGUCUUCAGUGUGGGAAGAGUUUCACAAAAAAAAACCGCCUUGAUGCCCACAUGACAAUUCACACUGGAGAGCGGCCAUUCCCAUGUCUUCAGUGUGGAAAAAGAUUUGGACAGAAAGGACAUCUCACAGGUCACAUGAGAAUUCACACUGGAGACCGUCCAUACCCAUGUCCUCAGUGUGGAAAGAGUUUCACAAAGAAAGCAACUCUUACAGAUCACAUGAGAGUUCACACUGGAGAGCGUCCAUACCCAUGUCCUCAUUGUGAAAAAAGUUUCAAACUAAAAUGUCAUCUUAAGACUCACAUAAAUUUUCACACUGGAGAUAUUCAAUACCCAUGUCCUCAGUGUGGAAAGAGUUGUACAAGUCCAAUGCAUCUUAGAACUCACAUGAUAGUUCACACUGAAGAGCGCCCGUACACAUGUCCUCAGUGUGAAAAAAGUUUCAAACACAAAACUACUCUUAAGACUCACAUAAGAAUUCACACUGGAGAACGCCCAUACACAUGUCCUCAGUGUGGAAAGAGUUUUAUGACGCUGGGACAUCUUACAGAUCACAUGAAGAUUCAUACUGGAGAGCGCCCUUACCAAUGUCUUCAGUGUGAAAAGAGAUUCUCAAGAAAAAAUUACUUUGAUAUUCACAUGAGAAUUCACACUGGAGAGCGCCCAUACACAUGUACUGAGUGUGAAAAGAGCUUCAUGACGAAAGGACGUCUUAAAGAGCACACUAAAAUUCACACUGGAGAGCGUCCUUACAAAUGUCUUCAUUGUAGAAGGAGCUUCAUAAGGAAAGGAUAUUUUGAAGAGCACAUAAGAGUUCACACUGGAGAGCGGCCAUACCCAUGUCCUCAGUGUGAAAAGAGUUUUCCUAAAAAAAGUUACCUUGAUGCCCACGUGAGAGUUCACACUGGAGAGUGCCCGUACCCAUGUCCUCAGUGUGGAAAAAGUUUUACACAAGAAUGUACUCUUAAAAAUCACAUGAGUGUUCACAGUGGAGAGCGCCCAUACAUGUGUCUUCAGUGUGGAAAGAGUUUUAGAGUUUUAGAUCCCUUGUGAAUCACAAAAGAAGUAACAAUGGAGAGUGCACAUCAACAUGUCUUUAAAGGAGCAUUUCACCCGUAGAAACAUUCAUCUUUAUUGAAAGUGUGUCAUAUUUGUAGUCGAAAUGUAACAUACAUUUAGAAUUUGGUGCCUAUUUGACAGAGAAAAGGGGUGUUUGUAGUCUCACCCCCUCAACAAAGAUAUUGGACUUCCUGCUUUCAAUGAUGCAAAAUGAUGAUUUUUACAUCAUUGAAAGAAGGAAGUGCAACACUGAAGUCUGUAUUUCUCCUGUCUCAGCGGCAACUGAGGAAAUGAUGCACGACCAUUCAAAAACAUGACUGCGAUUCUAACUAUACAAAACUUAAUGCAAAUGGGUGUCCCUUUAAUGUGGAAAGGUCAUACUGAACACAUGGAAUCAAACAUUUUAAGCCCAACAACUUGUAAAAAGUGGUUUAGUGUUUUCCUUCUUUAAAUGAUUUUUUAACAGUAAGUAUAUGUGCAUGUCUUCAGUCAGGGUUUUAAAGUCUUAAAGGACAAGUUCGGCAUUUUACACUUAAAGCCCUGUUUUGAGAUUGUUUAUGAUGAAAUAGAACGGUUUUGACUGAAAUUUGGACAUAUGCGGCUGCCCAGAGAAUUUUUGGGUGUUUGUUGUAUCACCUCCCACCUCUACAAUGAGUUUAAUGGUGCACUGGAACAAUCCUUCCUAAAAUGCAUUAAACUUUCGUUUACAAAGACGUGAAACUCACCGAGUGGUCAGGGGUGUUCACUGAUAUGCUCACACAAAAAUCGCUGCAAAAUACGCAUUCCAACAGGUUUAAUUGUAGUUUUUGCCAACUCCAUUGACAUGUAUUAGAUGUGCUGUGAGGUACGGUAUUACUCCGCGCCGGGAACUUUGUUUCUAUUCUUGCAAUUGGCAAUGGCGGAUUAGCGCCACCACCUGGGCUGGAGUGUCUAUUAUUCAAGCUCUAAGCGGAAGAAUGUACGGGUUUGAGGCGCCUGGAAAAAUAGGUCCACAAGUUAACAACGAAUGCUAAAACAGCUGUUGGAAAGCAUCUUUUGCAGCGAUUUUUGUAUGAGCAUAUCAGUGAACACCCCUGACCACUCGGUGAGUUUCACAAAACCAGAUUUCUUAUAUACAUUUGAAUAAUAUACACUGUAAAAAGUUAAAGUUGGAUCAAAUUAUUGAUAAUGCCUAAAACGUUUAUGUUUUUUCAACUUGUUCCUCAGUUUAAGUGAAAUAAUUAAAGUUAAAAAUGUUUAAAUAUUAGGUGUUACCAAUUGAAGUAAGUAAGUUAAAAUACCAUAAAAUGUAAAGAAAAAUUCCUAUCUAUUGUCUAUAUACUACUAACAUGUAUUUAUUGUACAUUUUCUGCUCUGCAACAAUGUUUUUUUUUUCAAAAGUGCUAUAGAAAUACAAUUGAAUUAAAGUAAUUCUAACACAUUCUUUGUUGUAAAGUGCAUGAUUUUCGCCUCUCUGCUGCCCUCUUGUUACUCUUAACUAGGUUAAGAGACCUCUCCAGCUC